AUGGCUGAUCAUACCACGAAGAGUGGUGAAGAUCAGAGGCAGCAGCAGGUGGCGAUCAGCAUGUGCUCGACGCCGAGCGGCGACCGGAGCCUCGCCGGCGCCGGCAGCGCCUCUACUCCGAGAUCGUCCAAGCUGGUGCCGCUCGACUCCCUGCAGAAACUGAUGCUCAAGUCGCCGCCGCCGCCGCCUCCAUUCCACGGCGAGCACGAGCGUCGGACUCCAGCGGCGGCGGCGGAGGUGCCGCUGGUGAAGAAGGUGGCGGCGGAGUUCAUCGGCACGUUCAUCCUCAUGUUCACGGUGGUGUCGACCAUCGUGGCCGACGCGCAGCGCGGCGGCGGGGAGGGCCUCCUGGGCAUCGCGGCGUCGGCGGGGCUGGCCGUGGUGGCGGUGGUGCUCGCCGUCGUGCACGUCUCCGGGAGCCACCUGAACCCGGCGGUGAGCCUGGCGAUGGGCGUGUUCGGGCACCUCCCGCGCGCGCACGUGCUCCCCUACGCCGCCGCGCAGACGCUGGGCGCCGCCGCCGCCGCGUUCCUGGCAAAGGGCAUGUACCGGCCGGCGGACCCCGGCGUGAUGGCGACGGUGCCGCGCGUCGGCGCCGCCGAGGCCUUCGUCCUCGAGCUGGUGCUCAGCUUCGUGCUCAUGUUCGUCAUCGCCGCCGUCGCCACCGACCCGGCGUCGAGCAAGGAGCUCGUCGCCAUCUCGAUCGCGGCGGCGAUAACGAUGAACGCGCUCGUCGGAGGGCCGUCGACGGGGCCGUCGAUGAACCCGGCGAGGACGAUCGGGGCGGCGCUGGCGACGGGGAAGUACAAGGACAUCUGGGUCUACCUGGUGGCGCCGCCGCUGGGCGCCAUUGCAGGAGCCGGCACCUACAGCCUCAUCAAGCCCUGA